GUUGUAUCAGGAGUUUUAGCACAGUGCCUUUAAAAUUUAAAGGCAGGCUACUGGUUGUGUGCGUAUGCGUUGUGUGCACAAAUUUGCAGGGAACUUGUUUCUUAAAUAGAUUUAUUUUUUCUCCCUGUAUUUCAUUUACUCAUUAGCCUCCUUUUUUAAGCUGUAAGAUAACACAGAAAAUGCUUUACAGUUGACUCUUUCUUCUGUUUUUUGCAUGUUGUGAAAAUCUAUAAAAAGCUGGGCUUUGCUUAUGUUCAUGACAGAAGACACUCCCAAGACACAUCAGCUAGUUUUGAAGACGCUGGCAAAAAGCUCAGAUGUGAAGCAGAUUUUCCCUUCCAAAAUGACUUUUCGAGCUCUGUUUUUUUGUCUGGCUUGUGCUGGGCUUGGAAAGGCAAAUGUGGUUUCACAGGCUGAACACAGAAAUGUGAAGGUGGGCGACAGCGUGACUCUCAGCUGUGCGCUGACAGAACCCAAGGACGUUCUGCAAGUGACGUGGCAAAAGGACUCUGAAAAAUCACACAAUAACAUAGCUACGUACAGUACCAUAAAAGGAUUAAAGAUUCAUGAGCCCUAUCAAGACCGAAUGAAUUUCACGAGCCUGGUACUCAAUGAGACAAGCAUCACUUUUUGGGACACUAGAAUGGAUGAUUCGGGGUGUUACACGUGUCUCUUCAAUGCUUUCCCUUUCGGCUCCUUCUCAGGACGUACCUGCCUGAGUGUUUCUGGUCUCAAUGCGUCUGUCCAUUACAACAUUUCUGAAGGUCAUUUGAUAGCUACCUGUAAUGCUGUUGGCCUCCCAGAGCCCACCGUCACCUGGAACAACUUGUUCAAUUCUACUCCUACACAGGAGACAGUCAGGUACACCAAUGGGGUGGUGUCCAUCACCAGUAAACUGGAGAUCAACAACACUCGGAGCAUCAGUGUGCAGGACUUGACCUGCAGAGUAAACAACGUGAAUGAAAAAAUAGAAUUGCCUGUGAAAAUUAAAGGAGAGGAGGGGUCCUCGUUGCUUUUGCUGAUGAUUACUGUGCCUCUUUUAAUUCUCAUCACAGUUAUAAUUCUGAUUAUGGUGUGCCGGAGGAAGAGGAUAUGCAGGAGGGGUUGAAGUGGAUCCUAGAGGAUUUCUGUUCACCUACCAAAUCAUUACAGCCCAGCAGCCUGAAGUCAACAUUACAAGCAGUGACUUGACUGGCUGGAAAGAAACAGCAAUAAAAGGGAAAUAUAUCACAUACACUACUCUAUCUAGACGCCGAGUUGAUUGCUGAAAAGACUAGCACAAUGUUUGUUAUCCGGUCUAGACGCUUAAUCAUAAAAAGUAGGCCCAGAGGGACCACUUAGUCCACCCCUCUGCUGCCAGCCAAAAUCUAUUUUGCUUGUGCCACUCUUGGUACUGCCAGUGUGCAAAAUGCAUUUGCCUUCCUCCAGCUGCGUUUUGAAAACGUCCAUAGAUGGAGGCUCUGCAAACUCUCUGGGGAUCCUCUUCCAGUGCCUAAUUGCUCUCGCAGUAAAGAGGGAUUUAAUUUUUACCAACAUCUGUCUGCAAUUUCACUUGCAGCAACUCUGCGUUCAUCGCCCUCUUCCUGUCAUCUGGUUUUCCUUCUCUUAUCCAGCUGAUCCAACUCCUUUUCCUCAGUGAAUGUGUGAAUGUGUCAACGACUGUAUUGCUUGACUCUCUCUGGAGAGACCUACCGGACUCAAAACCACAGGACUCAAACCACACCAAAUCUGCCAAAAUUAUUGGGGAAGAGCAAUAGGGCUCCAAGCAGGUGACAGAUUAGAGGCAGUGGCAGCCACAGUUGGGAAAGAAGAAUUACAAGUAAUUUAUUUUAGUGGGCUUUUCUUACUAACCUUGGGGUGAUGGCUUUUUUUUUUUUUUUUUUUUUUUUUUUUUUUUUAAAUAUAUAAGCGAGGAGGAAAUGGAAGCGAAGUCCUGUGUUUCUUCUGAAACAACUCUGUUAAUACCCCAGCCUGCUCCUUACUUAGCUGUCAAAAUGCAUGGACUAGGUUUGUCAAUAGUUCUUUUCAUGGUCAUCUUAUGCACUGUUCGGAAUAGUCUCCCCUUUCUUCAUCCUUUUUUGUUGUGUCUUUUUAAACACAGACAGAUAGCUCUGCUGGCCAAAAGCCAUUCUUGGACCUUGUUGUGUGGGAUGUUACACCCUGACCUAACUAUCGUGUGUCACUACUGCAGAUGUAACGGUAUCAGCGGGGAAUCUUGCAGAGGCUGAAUUUACUGCUUUGCCAUGAUUUUGGUAGCAGAUAAUGACACUGUGCUGCUCUUACGAGCUGGGACCUAACUCUGCUCCUGCCCCAGGUGGGAUUGGAGCUCUUCUCCCCCCCGCUACCCCCAGUUGCUCCUCGCUGCCUGCCCAAGCCUGCUCAUCUGGCCGUUUCCAGGCUUAAUGCUCCAGUUGCCUGUCCCCACUUCUUGCUGUGCGGGAGCAGGCUGCUUUUGAGAGCAGAGCACUCCUGGGCAUUAGCUUGCAGCUCGUUGUAUUUGUGAGGGGUCGGAGCCUCGGCGUGCCCUCUGCCUCCCGGCGCCUCGACAGGGCUCUGUGCCUGCUUCAUGGGGCGAAGGUUGCUAAAAACAAGCCUACUUCUGGGCACACCGACUUUGUGGCCCAUUUAACUGACAGAAUAGACAGGCGGGAGGACUGCAGGGGUCUUCUGGUGAUUUUUGUUCUGCUGACAAAUGCUAAUGUUUAAGGUGUUUCUCAGUCUUCCUUCUGUCCAAAUAUUUGUCACUGUAUUGGGAUCACUACCAGUAUCCUCUUGUCUUUUGGGUUUGAUUAGCAUUUGUUUGUGCAUCUGAAAUACUCCAUCUUACUAAGUGCGUAGUGUUUUGGAUUGUGCUUUUUAUGUCAUAUGUUUACCAAGAGUACAAACUGUCAAUCAAAAAAAAAAAAUGAACAGAGAAGAUUUAGUAGAUGCAAGACUUAUGACUAAGUGUUCAGAACUGGUAUUUUGUUGGUUCUAAAACAGUGGCCUCUCUAGAGUCUGGCAAAAAGGUGUGCAUGUGUGUAUGUGUCUGUGUGUAUUACUGAGGAUGUGAGGGACGACGUUUGCUGUUGUUGUUGUGGGUGCAAUAUGAAUUAUUUAUUUAUAUAUUUCACUUUUUCUAAUUUAAUAAAAAAAAAAAUACAUCUGAUCCGGCCCAAACACCAAAUGGUCCAUAUUUUAUUUUUCUUUUUCUGCUUGUUUGGGAUACCAGAAAUGCUUCAUUGCAAGUUGGGCUUUUUUGUAGUUUUGAUUUACACAUUGCUUCAUUUCUGUACAGAAAGUGGGACUUCAGGGGGUUUUUAAGGUGUUUUGGUUUUGUGGGUUUUUUUGGGUUUUGGGGUUUUUUUUUCCCAAAAAAAUUUUGAGCAAAACAACUUUUGAGAUAAAUUUACAGAAGUAUUUUUGACCACAGCAGCUGUGGUUUACUUCAGAUUUGAAAAUAACUUCAGUCAAUCAAAAAAUUGUAUUUUAUAUUUUUAGAGGUAUUGUGUGUGUGUGUGAUGUUCAUUGUUUAGUUAUUCUUUAUCUGAAGUUACAUGCUCUACUGAUGUAUUAACUGUCCUGUUUUCUGUAUUUGCCUUUGCUGAAAAGAAGCUAAAUAAAGCAACUUUGAACAUAA